GUAUAAAGGCGUGUUUUAUUAUGGAGCAUGCCUGGGCAUGUCUCUUCAGAUGUGCUUUAUGAAGCUGCGCGUGGCAACCCUGCAGCAGUCAUCGAGACUGAGACUCGAGGAGAGAAGCAGACACACGGCUCGAAUGUGAAUAUCAGCAGCUAUACACAAUGCCUCUGGCCAAAGAUCUGCUGAACCCGUCCUUUGAUAUUGAAAGAAGACAGCAUAAGAAGAAAAGGCUUGUGCAGAGUCCCAACUCGUACUUCAUGGAUGUAAAAUGCCCAGGUUGUUAUAAGAUCACGACUGUGUUCAGUCAUGCGCAGACGGUUGUGUUGUGCGUCGGGUGUUCAACAGUGCUCUGCCAGCCCACAGGAGGAAAAGCAAGACUGACCGAGGGUUGUUCUUUCAGAAGAAAGCAGCACUGAGAAGAAUGAAAAUGAAGUGAUGCUUUGAAUACAAAGAUUUGUGCAACUUCUUAAUGCCUUAAUUUUUCAUUGAUUACAGUGAAUGAACUUUAAAUAUGA